UUAUCUUCUCUGUUCGAGCUCUGACUACGAUGGAAACAAAAUUGUAGAGCUAUAUGUCAUUUGGGGAUUACAGGCUGUUCUAUGAUGGCCAUGUACAACUGCUGGAAAUAAACACCCUUACAGAUGAUAGCCAGGUUUGCCUCUUCAGCGCUAAGGUCAAACCUACCCGGAGGGAUAGGACCUACCUGAAUCAAAGCUGUUACCAGCUUUUUGUUGUCAUGGACAAGGUUGAGGGAGAAGUGAAAAUGGUCUACUGUCAAUGUAUUGGAGGAUCAGAUGGAGCAUGCCGUCACAUUGGAGCAGCAUUAUAUGGUAUAGAGAAUGUUGAGCCAACAUCUUGCACCGAUGGAGCCAAUCAGUGGAUGAAGCGACCUCGUUUACAUGAUGCGGCCGUCCCUGUCAAGAAUCUGACUGUCCUCAAGGGCAAGAUAUGGCACAACUCC